AUGGUGGUUGUGGUUGGAACUUUAGUUUUUGUGAAUGGAACAGUGGCUGUUGUGGUUGCAUCUGUAGUUGUGGUUGUAAUUGGAACUGUAGUUGUGGUUGCCGGAACUGUGGGUUGUUGUGGUUUUGUGGUUGGAACCGUAGUUGUGGUGGUUGGAAGUGUGGUUCUGGUUGCUGGAAUUAUAGUUGUGGUGGUUGGAACUGUAGUUGUGGUGGUUGGAACUGUAGUUGUGGUUGCUGGAACCGUAGUUGUUGUGGUUGCUGGAACCGUAGUUGUUGUGGUUGGAACUGUGGUUGCUGUGGUUGAAAAGUGUGGUUGCUCUAGUUGGAACCAUGGUGGUUGUGGUUGUAGUUGGAACUGUAGUUGUGGUUUCUGGAACUGUAGCUGUGGUUGUUGGAACUGUGGUUGUUGUGGUUUUGUGGUUGGAACCGUAGUUGUGGUGGUUGGAAGUGUGGUUCUGGUUGCUGGAAUUAUAGUUGUGGUGGUUGGAACUGUAGUUGUGGUGGUUGGAACUGUAGUUGUGGUUGCUGGAACUGUAGUUGUUGUAGUUGAAACUGUGGUUGAUGUGGUUUCAUCUGUAGUUUUUGUGGUUGGAAAUGUAUUUGUGGUGGUUGGAAUUGUUGUGGUUGGAACUGUAGUUGUGGUGGUUGGAAGUGUGGUUGAUGAUGCUGGAACGGUAGUUAUGGUUGCUGGAACUGUAGUUGUAGUUGAAACUGUGGUUGCAUCUGUAGUUGUUGUGGUUGGAAAUGUACUUGUGGUGGUUGGAAGUGUGGUUGCUCUAGUUGGAACCAUGGUAGUUGUGGUUGUAGUUGGAACUGUAGUUGUGGUUGUAGUUGGAACUGUAGUUGUGGUUGCUGGAACUGUAGAUGUGGUUGCUGGAACUGGAGUUGUUGUUGUUGGAAAUGUGGUUGAUGUGGUUGGAACUGUAGUUGUUGAUGUUGGAACCAUGGUGGUUGUGGUUGUAGUUGGAACUGUACUUGUAGUGGUUGGAACAGUGGUUGCUGUGGUUGGAACAGUGGUGGUUGUCGAUAGAACUGUGGUUGUUGUGGUUGAAGUUGUUUGUUCAUUACUGUUGCUUUCUUGA